AUGGGUUCCCAACGCCAGAACAAGAAGCGCCGCUCCUCCAAGUCCACGAUCCGCCAGUCCAACAAGCCCAAGAAGGCCCUCAACCCCCGCGGCAACAGCAUCGUCGCCCAGAACUGGAACAAGAAGGAGACACUGACGCAAAACUACCGUCGCCUCGGCUUGACGGCCCGCCUCAAGGCCCCGACGGGUGGUGUCGAAAAGUCGGUCCGCGCCGCGGCGUCGGGCACCCGCCAGCCGAUCCCCAUUGACCCGUUCGCCAUCGCGCCGGCCGUGAACAAGCCCACGAUUGGCGAGGCGCGGGUCGAGCGCGACGCCGACGGCAAGAUUAUCAAGAUCCACUACGCCGACGCGGGGAGGAAGCCGCGCGCAAACCCGCUCAACGACCCGCUCGUCGCUCUCGAGACGGACUCGGAGGACGAUGAGGACGUGGACGGCGGCGAGUGGGGCGGCAUCGAGGAGAGGGACGAGGAGAGCAGGCCGAAGGUGAUCCGCAUGCUCGAGGAGGAGGCGAGCCGCGAGGUAGAAAAGAAGCCGAGGCAUCAGAGCGAGCAGGAGGUCGAGUGGAUCGAGAGGCUUGUCGCCAAGCACGGAGACAAUACGGCUGCCAUGGCGAGGGACCGCAAGCUGAACCAGAUGCAGCAGACGGAAAGGGAUAUUGCGCGGAGGGUGAACAAGUGGAAGCAGUCGCAGCAUUAG